AUGCACGAGCUAGAGCAAUGGAUUAAAGUACUCUCACAAUCUUCUCUAGUAGCAGUUGAUAAUAGAGGUUAGGCUAAUGUUAUACAGGAGCAGUGUUUGACCAGAAUGGAUUAGUUAUUUAAGGAGAAUUUCUAAUUGAAAAAGCAAGUGGCUUAUGAGAAGAAGAGGUUUAUAGAUUUAGCAAAUGCCUUUAGCAAUCUAAAGGCCCAGAUGAAAUAAUAGGAUAGAGAUUAAAUGCAGUUAACAGAUAAAGAGUAAUUACUUAGAGAAAGGUUUCAGCUGUAGAGUACUUUGCAGAAUUUGACAGCAGAGGUAGAAUUCUUAAGCAACAAGAAUGAGCAGUUUCUGAGUGAAUUGCGACUUAAAGACUUUUACUAGACUUACAAGGAUUGUGUCGAGGAAUUGAAUAAACUGAGAGAAGCGCAUACAGUCCUUAUUGGCAUGAUUCAGAAUAACGACUUAGACAUUGGUGUUGAUCUGCAGUCUCCAGCUAAAUCCACACAGAACAACAAUAUCAUGAAUGGAAAUAACUUCAAUUCAAAUUCAUAAAGGGAAGAAAAGUUCAAGACACAGCAAAAACAUAAGUCACAGAGUGUAAAUAGGCAUUCGUAUACCCCUCAGUAGUUUGGAAUGAAGAACAAGGAGAUACAAAGGCGAUAAAAUAAAGAUAACAACAAUAGUCGGUCUGGCCAUGAGAAUGUAGACAACUCUCAGAAUGCUAAUAGAGGCACAUCUCUAUAGUCGUUUAUAACUUGUGGAACUCUAGGUGUAAACAAGAAUUAGCAGAACAAUAGAGGAGGCCUUAACUCUGAUGAGGAAGACAAGCAAUUCAAAAUGGCUAUCCUUAACAAUAAAUACCUAUAGAUUUUGAAGGACCCUAACUUCGUUUAAAAUCAGAAUGUUAAUUUCCUGAGAUAGUGA